CAAAAAUUACAGAUAUUUUCCCGUUUCUAUUCAUCCUUUCUGCAUUUAUGAGAAUCUUUUCGAACUAAAUAAAUUUAGUAUCUUUACCACCAACUUACACUGGGCUCACACACUGAUCGACUUCACACCAUUCGUGGCUGUGCUGCUGGGGGCGGCGACAUACUCCGUAGUUGAGAAACUGAUCAUUGACGAUCGAAUUGUAUUGAAAUGAUGGCCAAGUAGAUAACUUUAUCUUGAUAACCUAGCCCAAGGCGCUUCUACGGUGCUUCGUCAUAGAGAUCAUCAAUUCUGUCUUUUAUGUGGACACAAUUUCAUCAAUGCCGUUCAACUAAGGCUCAAUAUCAUCUUGGCCCCAAUGUUCACAGGAGGCGUCUAAAUCCAAUUAUAAAUUAACUUUGCCGGUAAGGUUUCUUUUUAGCACGAACCGUAAUGGCAUGCUAAAUCAAUACCGAAAUAUAAGCAACCUAUUUUUAUUUAAACUUUCUCCGUUUUGUAAGAAGAUUUCUUGGCAGUCUAUUUUCUUUCAAAAUAUAGAUCUCUGGCGUGGAGCUUCUAGACUCAUGAAAUAAGUUCUUGAUGUCUUCGCUGAGUAUGUGAAAGGGGCUCCCUUGAGCGCUGGACGCCCCAGCCAAGUCCCCGUUAUAUAUUCACUGCUAUUUCACGUCGCCCUUCCAUGUCAUGAAUCACAUCUUAUACUUCGUCGAACUUUAACAAUCCUUAAAAGAUUUUUGCUGUGGCAUUGACAAAGUCGGAUUAUUACGGAACACUGAGUCCCUCAAAUACUGCAUAUGCUGCUGGGUUGGGCCGUUUGCCAUCCUUAAAGCUACCCGGGAGCUCCUUGGAGCCAAGUCUUAGUAGUUAAAUCCAACUUGGCUCCAACGAGUUCGAAGUACCGGGAGCUUGAUGAUCAUCCUUUGGGUUGAGAGUGUCUCCUUGAGACCCUAAUUGAGGCUCCCCAUCUGAAGGCUCUUAUCUCUUGGUUUUCCACUUUUUUUCAGUUUCGGGCAUAUUUUCGUUGUUUCCUUUGUGUUACGACAAACUUGGCCAUCGAAAGCUCCAUUUGGUGUCGUUUUAGUUAUAUUUUUGACAUCUUGGAUCCUUGGUAGUAAUUACGAGACAAAUGGGUGCUCCACUGCGAGAAGAUUAUCGCCUCCAGUACGUGUGGACAUGAAAUCUUCAAAAUGAGGUCGUCAUCCCGCAUCUGUCAAAUACGUAUUCAGAGUCACUUUUCCUAACUUCAUUCCACUUUUCCUAACCUCAGUUAACUACAUUAGAGCACUAAUACAAUACGAACUGCUCUCUCGACGGAAGUAGUUGAAUGUAUUUGUGUUCGCCGAACUAACUCUCAUUAUCCCCUCGUUCGCACGUUUCGAUAUUUUUCUUUUAUCCUCAUCAAAACCCUGAAAAUCUAGACUGCUGGCUCAGUCCAACAGAGCCAAAAUGGCCUCUCCAAACUUUUCUGCAGACUCAUCGAUGGAAAACAUUCUUGGAAAAGAUUUCAGAGGAGAUGACCUUGAACAUGCCCUCAAGGAAAUACCGGAAAAGGAAGAAUCCAUUCAGACACUUACUUUCUCAGAGCGAUUAAAGCAUUUCACUUAUGGUACCUAAACACCAGAACUCCUCACGUGAUUUGCAUUACUAACUUUUGAAAGCUUGGUACGCAUGUACUAUGUCAACAGGAGGAAUAGCCUUUACUCUCUCUGUGCUUCCCAUCGAAUCGGAUGCGCUCAUAGUACUCGGCAAGGCCUUGUUUGUUAUCAAUAUCAUGGUCUUUUUGGCUAUCACCGGUCUCAUGAUCACUCGCUUCAUAAUUCACCCUGGGACAUUCAUCCACUCGUUCACGAACCCGCAUGAGGGAUUCUUUUUCGCUACCGGGUGGCUCACUUUGGCCACAAUGAUGACGAAUACUACUGCAUAUGGUAUCCCAAACACUGGCCCUUGGCUCAUCGGUGCUCUUCGAUUAGCUUUCUGGACGUAUACCGUUUGUGCCACAGUUCUCGCCAUCGUCUACUACCAUGUCCUUUUUACAGUCAAGAAACUUGUCAUUACCAAUGUCCUACCUGGUUGGGUUCUUCCAAUCUUCCCUGCCAUGUUAGUCGGUACUCUCGCGUCUGCUAUCGCUAAAACACAACCUGUGGAAUCCGCGGCACAAAUGUUGGUGGCUGGUCUCACAUUUCAAGGUCUUGGAAUGAUGUUAGCUAUCAUGAUGUACGGGAUUUACUUUGGUCGACUUCUCACUUCUGGUCUUCCCGUCGAUGCUUCUCGACCUGCCAUGUUCAUUGCAGUUGGGCCACCUUCUUUCACAGCUCUUGCACUCAUUGGUAUGGCGCAAGACGCAACAAUCACCAAAGUCUUUACCGAAUACUACAACCUUCCAGGCAUUACCAACCCAGCUGCGAUUCCUGACAUGUUACAACUCGGUGCUCUUCUUUCGGCGAUCUUCCUCUGGGCUCUGGCAUUUUGGUUCUUCGCCAUCGCAACCUUCGCAGCAAUUGAAGCAUUUAACAGAAAUGAUUUCCAUCUAAACUGGUAUGCAUAUGUAUUCCCAAAUGUGGGGUUUACUAUCGCCACGAUUAAGAUCGGAGAAAGAUUAAACAGCGGUCCAAUACUAGCAGUAGGGACUGGGAUGGGAGUUGUGCUAUUCUUGUUAUGGAUUUCGAUUGUAUUUGCUCACAUCAAAGCUGUUUCACAGAAGAAGAUAAUGUGGCCCGGAAAGGAUGAAGACGCUCACUGAAGAAUUCUCGGAUGCAAUGAUAGGUUUUAGCGGGUGUAUAGUCAUUCUUUACAAAAGCCGACCGUGGGUCUUUGGCACCCUAAAAGGUUUAAUGGGCAUAGGAUAGCGGGCGUUGAAAAUAUAAUUAGAAGGAUACAGGUCAUAGAUUUUUAUGUACAUUGGGCUGGUAUAGAACUGGAUGGGUGGACUUUACAUGUGAAAUAUUACAGAUCUCUUUCAUUCAAUAUACAAAUACCACAGGGUCCCUCACCAAAAAUGAUCCAGGGAUUUUCAAUUAUGUGAUGAGUAAGUACCGUAUAAACUCAGUAACUUCACACAACACUAAGUCUAUUUCAGAAAAUGAUCGCCCGUGGGUUAAAGAUUUGGAAUCUUCAAGCUCCGAUGCUUUUUCAACCUCUUUUAUAUUAUAAUACAACUUCAAAAUUAUUUUAAAUCUAUAUCAAAUAAGUUUUGAAAAUUUCAAAAUAUUAUUCAUAUAUUGUUUUUUAUCUCAACUCAUUAAAGUUGUAUAUAAUAUCAA